UUGCAGACAAGACAAAUAGCAGUAGUGAAUGUGAUACCUAUGAAUGAGCGUGUACCUUGCUCCCCACUAAACUAAGAAGUGAAAUCAGUUUUAAGAACUUUCAAUAUUAAUACAUUUAGAGAGUUUGAGCAAAGUGGUUGAUUGUGGAAAAAGUGAAAACGCUGAUUUUAUUUAAAUUUUUUUGAUCAUUAAAUAAUAACGAAAGUCAUUUAUUCAGCAGAUAUGGAACGUUGGUCGAACAAAGUAGCAGUAGUAACUGGGGCUAGUUCUGGGAUCGGCGCAUCCCUAAGCGUGCGUCUAGCAGACCAUGGAAUGGUCGUUGUCGGGCUGGCUCGCAGGGCACACUUAGUUGAUAAACUAAAUUCAGAAGUAAAUGGAACGGGCAAAAUUGUCUCCCGAAAAUGUGACAUCUCUAAAGUAGACGAAAUAGAGGCAGCUUUUGAAUGGGUGGAGAACAAAUUCGGUGGUACGGAUGUCCUGGUCAACAAUGCUGGAACGUUUGCACCGGGGAAGAUAACAGAUGCAACUGAUGGUAAAGUGAGUGACGAUGCCAUACUACUUACAAUCGACGUUAACUAUAAAGGAUUAAUCAUGUGCACUAGACAAGCAGUGGCGUCGAUGAAAAAGCGCAAUUUUGACGGUCACAUAAUAAAUAUUAAUAGCGUGGCCGGUCACUACAUACCUUUCCACUCGGACUUCAACAUAUAUUCGAGCACGAAGCACGCCGUCACCGCUUUCACCGCCGCGCUUCUCAACGAGAUGGCUGACGCUAAGAGAAAAAUUAAAGUAACGAGCGUUUCUCCAGGACUGGUGCGUACUGAAAUGACCAUCGGACAUAGCGCUGAUCAGCCAAUUUUAGAGCCUGGCGAAGUGGCCGAUACUAUUUUAUACGUCCUUUCUACACCUCCAAAUGUUAAUAUCAGCGAACUCGAAGUCCUAUCGACGGCAGAGAAAAAAUUAUAAAACGCACAAACGUACUUAUUUGGUAUUUUUUAUUAUUACUACUAUGGCAUACUGAAUAAAAUUAUUUAAAUUAACCGGAUGAAGCAGAGAAGACACCGGAUGAAGCAGAGAAGACAGAGGACGAGGACGAUGAUGAGGCAAUGCCCAG